AUGACAUCCGCCGUCGCCCGGCCAUCCCCUCCGGUCGCCACCCUCUUCGGCCGCUGCCGCACUUCCCGCUGCAUCGCCCGCAUCGUCAGCCUCGGCCUCCACAACCACCAAUCCCUCCUACCCCGCUUCGCCGCCACCUGCAAUGCCCUCGCGUCCCCAUCCCCCUCCGUUGCGGCCGCCGCCAGCCGGCCGUCCCCCGCGGUCGCCACUCUCCUCGGCCGCUGCCGCACCGCGCGCUGCCUCGCCCAGCUCCACGCCCGCAUCAUCCGCCUCGGCCUCCACAACCACCACGCCCUCCUCGCCCGCUUCGCCGCCGCCUGCGAUGCCCUCGAGUGCCCCUCCGUCGCCGCCUCGUUCAUCGCCGCGCUUCCCGACUCCCACGCCGCCCCGCUCCGCCUCCGCAACGCCGUGCUCGCGUCGCUCGCCCGCCACGCCCCGCUCCACGCCGCGCUCACGGAGUUCAACCUCCUUCGACAUGCCGCGCUCCCGGACUCCUUCUCGUUCCCCUGCCUCCUCCGGGCGUGCGCCCGCGUAUCCUGCCUCCCCGCUGGACGAGCCCUGCAUGCCGCCGCUAUCCGCCUCGGCGUGCACGCCGACCUCUUCAUCCGCACUGCGCUCAUCCAGCUCUACGGCAGGUGCGGCGUGGCUGGCGCGGCCCGGGCGCUAUUUGAUCAAAUCGACAUCCCCAGUGAGGUUUCCUGGACCACCAUUAUCGUUGCCUAUGUCAACAAUGGUGACAUCAUGACAGCCAGAGAGCUGUUUGAUAGAAUGCCUCACCGGAACGCCGUGCACUGGAAUGUGAUGGUUGAUGGUUACGUUAAGUGUGGGGACUUGGAGGGCGCAAGGAGGCUGUUUGAUGAAAUGCCUGAGAGAACUGCCACAGCAUGUACAUCUUUGAUUGGCGGGUAUGCAAAGGCAGGGAACAUGGAAGUUGCGAGGUUGUUGUUUGAUAAGUUAGAGGACCGUGAUCUGUUCUCAUGGUCAGCGAUGAUAUCAGGUUAUGCACAGAAUGGUUACCCUGGGGAGGCUUUGAGAACUUUUGAUGAGUUCCAAGGGCAAGGCAUACACCCAGACGAACUUGUUGUUGUUGGCCUGAUGUCUGCAUGCUCCCAACUAGGUAACAUCAGGUUGGCAAGGUGGAUUGAAGAUUACAUCACAAAGUACUCUAUAGAUAUGAACAAUGCUCAUGUGUUGGCUGGUCUUGUGAACAUGAAUGCAAAGUGUGGGAACUUGGAGAGGGCUACUGUUUUGUUUGAGUCUAUGCCAGUUCGAGAUGUGUUUUCAUAUUGUUCACUGAUGCAAGGUCACUGCCUCCAUGGUUCAGCUAAUAAGGCUGUUGAACUUUUCUCUCAGAUGCUUUUGGAGGGCCACUCCCCCGAUAAUGCUGUGUUUACAGUUGUUUUAACAGCUUGCAGUCAUGCUGGCCUAGUAGAAGAAGCGAAGAAGUUCUUUGAUAUGAUGAAGAAUGUAUACUUGAUCGUGCCAUCUGGUGAGCACUAUGGUUGCCUUGUCAGUCUUCUUGGACGUUAUGGUAUGCUAGAAGAUGCAUAUCAGCUUAUCAUGUCGAUGCCCGGGAAACCUCAUCCUGGAGCAUGGGGUGCACUGUUGGGUGGAUGCAAGCUUCACUGUAAUAUUGAGCUUGGAAAAAUUGCAGCAAAGAAACUUUUUGAAAUUGAACCGGACAAUGCUGGAAAUUAUGUCUCCCUGUCAAAUAUGUAUGCUAACAUUGAUAGGUGGGGAGAUGCUUCUGAAGUUAGAACUGAGAUGACUGGAAAGAGAAUAACCAAAAUAGCAGGCCGUACCCUAGUUCUGCCGUGA